GUAUGCACACAGACCGCUUGACGUUUGGUGCCCCGGAAGUGAUGAUUUUUACCUAACGAGGUCAAAAUGGCGGCUCGCUGCAUGUGAAGGGGUCGAAACGAGAGCCGGCUUUAUGAUUGGAGAACAUGUAUAAAACGCCAUGUAGCAGACUGUCAGGUUUGGUUGGUGUAAGUGUGAAAAGGAAAUUAGUUCAAAAUGUUCCUCAAUGUAACCAGACUGCUCGCAGCCUUAUUCAGCUGCAGAGAAGAGAUCCAUCAAACUGGCUGACAUAUCAGCAUCUAAACUUCCUGAAACGCCAGUAUGUAGCAAAGAACAAUGGUGAGCUUCACCAACGUGCCAUCCCAAAACAGGCUCCUGUCCUGACCAUUGUGGAUGAGAGAGAUGACAGCGUUGAAAGACAAGUGCAGAGAAUACCAACUAUUGAUCCUGUGAUCACAGAUACUGUUCCACAGCCAGAGGAUGUUACCACUAAGGCACAGCCUGAACUAUACACCUUGAAGCCCUCUACAGAAGAUACGGCAGCACAGAAAGAUUCUGUGUCCAAUACGGUUGUGACUUCAAAUGAGACUCCCCAUGUCCAGGUGGAGACGGAUCAGGCAAGGGAGGCACGUUUAGACAGACAGUGGAAGCAGCUGAAGGUUGAUGUGGCUGACUUGCCAGAUAUAUACGCCAGGCUAGCCAAAAUCAAACUCACAGCACUGGUGGUUACAACUGCAGCAGCUGGCUAUGCAAUGGCUCCAGUGCCCUUUGACCCUGUCAUCUUCUUCGUGUCGUGUCUGGGAACAGGCCUCGCCUCUUGUACUGCCAAUUCAAUCAACCAGUACUUUGAGGUGCCCUUCGACUCAAACAUGAACCGCACAAAGAACCGUCCACUCGUCAGAGGACAAAUCAGUCCCCUCCAUGCAGUGUCCUUUGCUCUGGCCUGUGGAGUUCCCGGUAUCGCUCUGCUCACGCUGGCGGUAAACCCCUUGACGGGCUUCUUGGGAGCCCUCAACAUCUUUCUCUACACCUGUUGCUACACACCACUCAAGAGGCUCAGCAUCACCAACACCUGGGUGGGAGCAGUGGUGGGUGCGAUACCUCCUGUCAUGGGCUGGACGGCUGCCACAGGUUCUCUGGAUCUAGGUGCCUUGUUGCUGGGUUGUUUCCUGUACAGCUGGCAGUUCCCCCACUUCAACGCCCUCAGCUGGAACUUGAGGGAAGACUACUCCCGUGGCGGCUACCGCAUGAUGUCUGUCACCCACCCUGGCAUGUGCAAGCGGGUGGCCCUGCGCCACAGCGUGGGCCUGAUCGGCCUGUCAACCUUAGCGCCCGUGCUGGACGUUACCACCUGGACCUUCCCUGUGAUCUCCCUACCCAUCAACCUGUACAUCAGCUACCUGGCCUUCCGCUUCUACCGUAAGGGAGACCGCAGCAACGCCCGCAAGCUGUUCUUCUGCAGCCUCUGGCACCUGCCCAUGCUGCUGCUGCUGGCGCUCACUUGCAAGAAGCCUCGCAGAGAUCAGGAGGAUGCAGCUCUACCUCCUGCUUCUUUACCCGUCACACUGCAAAGUUAACUAGAUUCAUGCCCCAACACUUCUAAGACCUCUGCGACCCCUAUUUUAACUGAGAUACUCCCUCAAUGUCUCCUUAACAACUUGUGUUUGGAGGGGGCUGGAUGGUGGACACAUUAUUAUAACUGUGUUUAAUUUAAGCCAGUGGUGCUCACUGCAGAUCAGGAAAUGAGCUGGAAAUGAUUUGGAUCAAAAUAGCUGAUUUACAGAAAACACACUGAAUUAUUAUUACAUCAGGUUGUAAUCAUUUCAAUGUGUGUGUACUGUAUAUAUUCUGUAUUUAUUUAUAUAGGGGCCCACCAGUUCCUCUCCAUGUUGUACAUGACUGAUGUUAAAUGAUCUUGUACUGUAUAAAUUGCUCCUAUGGAUCCACACAGGCAUCACUGUCUGCAGAUUACUCACUGUACAAAUGCAAAAUAGAAGAAGAGUAUGUAAUGGACAUGAAGACAUCAUUGUAUCAAACAAUUUAUGUUUAAUUUUCAGUGCACUUUGUCUGUUGGUUGUUGCUCUCACCUGAGCCCCUUACUUGACAGUUAGUAAGCCUCAUUGCAUUUUGCCACUCAGCAAACACACUGAUGGGUCUUCAUUCAUUUACAUAAUGCUUUUAUUCAACACGGUUCGCUUGCACCACAACACAGGGAAUCGUUAACCCCUGUAAGAAACACAAGGGCAAAUGUUCUCUAACAAUAAACAUGUCAUGAUUGUAA